UAUUAGCAACGAAGUCGAUCAAUGCACUUAUUUUCUCCUCAUUCAUGCUAUGGUUAGGAGGCAGGUAGGCAGCGGCAAUAAACAAACGGUGGUCGCAUAACUGAAUACAUACGCAAGUGAGUUCUAACAGUUGCGGUAACGUAGGAAGCACAUAAGAGAGAAGAGAAACGUUGCAUGCAAUUAAAACACCACCCACACGAGAGUGAGAGCUGUUAUUGGCCGGGAUGCAGCGGUAAACACGAUACUCAUCUCCUAGAAGGAGAGCGGUGGGAAUACAGGGAUCAAGCCAAGUUUCAGUGAGUACCAAUACAUCGUAUUCCGUCUCAAGAACCGACAAACGGAACUCAUCGGCUUUAGAACGCAGGCUACGCACAUUCUGAUAGUACACAGUGAUACAAGCCGCUCGAUCAGUGGGUGCUUGUUGCAUAGUGUUAGUAGGCGCUGUGGUGUUGCAAUUGAGCGAGCUUAUCGUAGAAGGUGAGUGUAUUGUGUUUGUUAUCGAAGGAUUAGCUCGAGCCGUAUGCGCAAAAUAUGGAUGCGCUGCUGUAGUGCGGUUACUUCGGAAAAAACUGAACCAGUGUAGUUUGAAGUGUUUUUGAACGUGACGUGGACGGAAGAGUGGGUGAAGGGAGAGUGCAAUUCAUAUCGGUUGGUGAUUGUUCGGUUUGUGUUCGUGCGGGUUCAUGGAUAUAUGCAGAUAUGGAAAACAAAAACAAAAACGUAAGCAUCGUAGACGAAAAUGGGAAUCCUGGUAAGCGGCCCUUAAGCAUGCUAAGAAAUUUUGAAAAAGAAGAAGAAACAACACUUGAUUCUGGAAACGCUAAAAAGCAGCAAAAAGAGCAACCAUCUGGGACAAUGAAGAAUUAUAUUGUUUUUCCAAAUGGACAAAAACUAGAAAUUCGUGGCACUAUUUGUGGUGCUGUCAAUCUGGAUCAAACUGUAUGUGCGAAACCAUUAGAUGCUAAUCCGAGCUCCACACAAACACAGCAAACUAUUUUUUUAAAAACUGCUGGAGCUACUCCAUGUACUAGCAAACCUGUACAACAGCCAUUAGAUGUUAAAAAGACUGCUGGAAAGCCACAUCCCGUUACACAUACACAGCAAACUAUUUUUUUAAAGACUGCUGGAGCUACUCCAAGUACUAGCAAACCUGUACAACAGCCAUUAGAUGUUAAAAAGUCUGCUGGAAAGCCACAUCCCGUUACACAAACACAGCAAACUAUUUUUUUAAAGACUGCCGGAGCUACUCCAAGUACUAGCAAACCUGUACAACAGCCAUUAGAUGUUAAAAAGUCUGCUGGAAAACCAGGUCCCGUCACACAAACACAGCAAACUAUUUUUUCAAAGACUGCUGGAGCUACGCCGAGUCCGAGCAAACCGAGUCUGCAAGAACAACCGAUGGUUAAUACCGAACUAUCUGGUGGUUUGCUUGAUCCCGACGAUACUCCAUUCUUAAUCACCAAGAACAUAUUACGACAGCUUAUUCGUGAUGAAGUUACUAGCGUACUCCAGGAACAAAGGGAUAGUUUCAUGGAACCAAUGUUUCGACGCAUGGCCGGAAUGGAAGCGACUUUUGCUUCACUGUAUAAUCAAAUCUCGUCACAGACCAAUCAAACGAAUGUUGAUCCAAAAGUGUUGGAAAAUUUCGAGUUUGAUACCAUCGACAGUGGCGAAGCAUUGACUGAACUUGACGAGCGACUUAAAAACGAUGAUCAGUAUAAAAAUACGUUUGUUGCAUGGGUUCAAAGGUACAUUAACGUUCCAAUAAGUACAAAAAGGAUGUCGAAACUGCUCAAAGCGUUAUUUACACCCAAAUUUCUUUGCCUUCUGACAUGGAGUGGAAGAGGAAAAAGAGCAAUGUACACUCUGUCAAAUUAUAAAGGAAUAAUAGACUUGUUUAAAACUGUAGGAAGUACUGAACUUUCCAAAGUAGGGGACCGUGAAGUUGCAGAUUUCUUCAUCCUUAAAUUGAGAUACGCUACAUACUAUCUAAGCCGGCAGGAAUGCAACCAAACAAAUCGUUGAGGAAUCUUUAUGUUUAAUUGAGGUUUAAAAGCCUUUGACUUUACACUUCAUUGAAUUUCGCCUCUUAAUUCAUGUGAUAUCUUAGAACUCUUAUAUAUACAAUACAAUGCAGUACAAAAUAAAUGAAAUCGAUGUUUUGUUAACAA